AUGGCGACUCCCAAUAAUGUUACUCCCACCAACUGCAGCUGGUGGCCCAUCUCGGCGCUGGAGAACGACGCGGGGAAAUCCACAGAAGGGGAAGAAAACCAGGACCCGACAGACCCCACUCUCAAAUCCCAGGACAGACUGGUUUUGUACCACUGGACCCAGUCCUUCAGCUCACAAAAGGUGCGGCUGGUCAUCGCGGAGAAGGGGCUGCCCUGCGAGGAGCGGGACGUCAGCAUGCCCCUGAUGGAGCACAAGGAGCCCUGGUUCAUGCGGCUCAACCUGGGGGAGGAGGUGCCCGUCAUCAUCCACAGGGACAACAUCAUCAGCGAUUACAACCAGAUCAUAGACUACAUGGAGAAGAACUUCACCGGAGGUAAGGGGCGGGGGGGAAACUCAGCCGGACCAGCUCCCCCUGUCCCCGUGGUGCGUGAAAACGUCACCCAGCUGAUCCCCGAGCCGGGCAGCCUGCUGCACUCACGGGUGCUGCAGUACCGGGAGCUGCUGGACUCACUCCCCAUGGACGCCUACACGCACGGCUGCAUCCUGCACCCCGAGCUCACCACCGACUCCAUGAUCCCAAAGUACGCGACCGCUGAGAUCCGCAGACAUUUAGCUAACGCCAGCACAGAGCUGAUGAAGCUGGACCACGAAGAGGAGCCGCAGCUAUCGGAGCCCUACCUCUCCAAGCAGAAGAAGCUCAUGGCCAAGAUCCUGGAGCACGACAACGUGAACUACUUGAAGAAGAUCCUUGGUGAACUGGGGAUGGUGCUAGACCAGAUCGAGGCCGAGCUGGAGAAGAGGAAACUGGAGUACCAAGGCCAGAAGUGCGAACUUUGGCUCUGUGGCUGCGUCUUUACUCUGGCCGAUGUCUUGUUAGGAGCUACCCUGCACCGCCUCAAGUUUCUGGGACUCUCUAAGAAAUACUGGGAGGACGGCAGCAGACCUAACCUACAGUCCUUCUUCGACAGGAUACAAAAACGCUUCGCCUUCAGGAAAGUUUUGGGAGAUAUACAUACCACGCUCCUCUCCGCAGUGGUACCCAAUGCCUUCAGGCUGGUCAAGCGGAAACCUCCCUCCUUCUUCGGAGCCUCCUUCCUGAUGGGAUCUCUGGGGGGAAUGGGAUAUUUUGCUUAUUGGUACUUAAAGAAAAAAUACAUCUAGUGCUGGCUGCUUGGUGUUUAGUUUGGUGUCUCUGUGCCGUGUGAAAUUAUGAUGAAGCCUCAGUAACUGUAAUGAAAUUUGAAGCAAGGUAAUGAAUAAUUAUAUUGUUUAAUGUAACAUUCCAUAGUCUAGAAGUAGAAACGUAUACUGCAAGGAAAUAAGACAACAACAACAACAAAAUUUGCGUCAACUUGUAAAUGCCUUUUCUAGGUUUAAGUAUUCAACUCCAGCGAGAGGCUCAGGGGUUCACGGGCUCGGCCCUGCCUGCCGGGAAGCGAUGCCCCCGCCGGCUCCAGCGGGAGAGACGGGAACCCCGGGAAGUUUCCCGACGCCCAAGUUCAAUAACGGGACUCGGAUACUCGGUCCUGUCCGUUUGUGUUUCCAAAUCGUUCACCGGCCACAUUUCACACAUGCAGGUAGCGAGGACUUUCUCCUUUGAGAAGGCGUUGUGCUGUCGUGCUCGCUCGGAGGCUUUCCCGGGAGCCCGGAGCAGUAGCUGGUCGCAGUCAAGGCGGAUUUGCGUUCUUCAAGUAUCCAUUCCUUAAAUUAUUUUCAUUAAAAGGAAUAUUUUUUAUUGAGCUGCUCUUAGAAUGUAUCCACUUUCUACGUCUGGUUUUGGUAGGCUUUUUUUUAAAGAAUUUAAUGUCUGUCUUUAACUGCCGCACUUUUUUCCUGUGAUAAAUCAUUUUUACUUCCAUCCUGAAUUUUGGCACAUGAAGGAGAUUAUCAUUUUAAGCCUUUUGGCUCUGUCUCUUGAGUUUUCUUUCACGGAUUUGCAAAGCAUCUUUCACCGACUGAGCACAUCUGGACUCUGAAAUCAAAGUACGACCAUUUUCAGGACUUCUCAGCACUCUCCUGAAGGCACUUUGGCUUUCCCUUCCAUCGGGGGCUCUUCUCUGUUGUUUCCUCGCCAUGUGUUUUCUUAGAGACACUUUGCACAGAAUCACAUUGAUGACUUUCUUGUGCCUUUUGCAUGUUGGAAAGAAUAACGGGCCUCACUGCUACUCAUGCUUUGAAAACUGAGAUCCUCAAUAAACCAUAUGGGAGGAGUAA